AUGUACAAUGCGACCAAGUCGUUUGACGACCAACCCGUGGUUGACCUACGCGACAUCCACUGCUAUACUGGGUGGGAGGACACUUUACUUUCGAGAUCUGGCAAGCGGCUGGACUGGAACCUCUCCCUCACAUUCGCUACACUGGACGCCGGAUCAAGACCCGGUCGGAUACAGAAACGCAUGUACCCGGCUGCUUUCAGGCUGCACAGUCAGGAUGCCCAUCUGCUAGGUCUGGAUGAGAGCGUAUACAACCUCGGAUGGGACGUGAAUCCCGAGAAGUGCGACGUCAAUUUCAUGAGGCUGAGCUACCAGAACUGUCGGCGAAUCCACGGAGCGAAAUGCGAGCACCCAUCCAGAACCUCCUGCGGAAAAGAGGUGAAGCUGUGGACGAGAGCCUCGCUGCCGACCUCCAUGCGCUUCGUUGAUGUCGAAGAUAACUGCAUCAGAGUAGUGACGCCGCAGCCCGACUACGUGGCUUUGUCGUACAUGUGGGGCGGGGUGCCUAUGUUCAAGCUGACAAAAGCCAACCUACAUAGGAUGGAAACAGCCGGCAGUCUGCUAAGCGUCACUCUUCCCAGAACAAUCCAGGACGCCAUGGGCGUGACACGUGCCCUGGGGGAGCGCUACACUUGGAUCGAUGCGAUCUGCAUUUGUCAGGACGAUGAAGAUAGCUACCUAGAUCAAAUCCGACACAUGGACAGGAUCUACUGUAACGCCGUGCUCACCAUCGUCGCGGCUGGCGCCGAUCAUGCAGACGCAGGGUUGCCAUGUUUUCGGCCUGGUAGCAGACGCCAUAUGCAGGUAGUCGAGGAGAUCCAAGGCAUGCGGCUCGUGAGCGCCGCCCCGGAGCUUGUGAAGGUCAUGGAUAGAUUCUCCUAUUCAAGUAGAGGCUGGACUUUCCAGGAAUAUGUCUUCUCAAAGCGUCUUCUAGUCUUCACGCCUUUCCAGGUGUAUUAUUCUUGCAAAACCGAAUGUGUCUCGGAGGACUUCCGGGGUCCCCGAGCUCCAAGGGAAUACAUUGAGGGAUUCGAGCUCCCGGAAGGCUCUGCACAGGGUGCUGGGAGGGACUUUCCGACGCAUUACGAGACAGUCGUUGCGGCUUACACCCGUCGUGAGCUGACGUUCCAGGCCGAUGUGAUAUCCGCUGUUUUUGGGAUCCUAAAUCUGAUGAGUACGACUCUCAACGAAAGAUUCAUAUGCGGUGUUCCAGGAUCAUGUGUCUUCGAACACGGCCUUCUGUGGCGAUCGAGAGGCCGAUUGAGCCGUCGUGAAAGUUCGUCUAGCCGCAGGUCAAGCAACUUCCCAAGUUGGUCCUGGAUUGGGUGGGUCGGUCCGGUGAAGUUUAACCUAGGUACAAUGCUUGCGAACGAUCCACGAUUCGCAGAGGAUGUCAGGAUAAUCACGCGUUGGUCGAUUAGGCUUCCUCAGAGCAAGCAACGGGCCUCCGUGUUUGAGCGCUUCAGGGAAGAUCGAGGCCAAGCUGCGGAGGUUCAGUGUUCGGAGGAUGCCCAUCUCGCCUUUACAGAAGAGGGUAUCCUCUGCUUCGCCACCGACUCUGCAGUCCUGCUUGUCGAAAAUCGAGCCGUGAACCUAAGCGACUAUUCAGCAGUCUUCAGGAUCUGCCACAGAGGCGAAUGCAUCGGAUGCGUGCUUCUCGACCGGGAGGUAGCGGAGAGCCUACUUGGAGCAAGGUGGAGGCGAAAAGUUCAGGAUGGCGGAGUGGAUGACGGGGUCCACGAACCUGCGUAUAAUGUUAUGCUGAUAGAACGAAAGGGUGGCAUAGCCUAUAGGGUCGGGUUGGGUCAAGUUCACAAGGCGGGUUGGGGCCUGGCGGGGCCUGUGAGGAAAGAGAUUGAGUUGGGAUAG